AUGGCACAAAUUUCUAAUCCGUGGGAAAUUGAUCCAGUGAAAUUUUCUUCUGAAGUAACAGAGUUAUGUCAUCAAAAAUACAAGACAAUUGGAAAAGGUGGAAAGCCAUUAACUAUACAGAAUAGAUUAGAAUGGACAGUAAUUGCGGCUAUAGUGGCUUGUCACGUAAAGGAUGCGGGAGGAUAUUACCUAGAAUGCGUCUCCCUAGGCAGUGGCCUAAAAUGUCUCCCGCAAAGUAGAUUGAGUAGAAGUGGCGAUCUGGUUCAUGAUAGUCACGCAGAAGUGCUAUCUCGAAGAGGAUUUAUCAAGUUAAGAAGCUAUGAAACUAUUGAUUAUAUUAGAAAACUGCUAUCGGAAUCAACAUAUUUUUAUAUGAAAGACGGGUCAUCAUUUGUGUCGAGGAACAGUCACAUAACUUUUCACUUGUACGUGAGUCAGGCACCCUGCGGCGAUGCUUCCACAAAAAGUUUGGCCUUACAUCAAUCACCAGAAGAGGCCGAGUUGUACGCAAGCUCUUAUUCCGACUUGCGCGAUAGCUCCCAUGAAAUUAACCGAGAGAAAGAAAAGUUGAAUGAAAAUGAAAUCAUGGUUCUCAAAGGGAAGGAUGGAUUUCGGAGAGGAAGGAUAGAUUAUGAUUCUUACGGAGUAUUACGAACCAAGCCAGAUCCUCAACCAAUAUUCAUGAAUGGCGUGAUUAUAGGAAGAGUAGAUUCAGAGCCUACCUUAUCAAUGUCUUGCAGCGACAAGAUCGCUCUAUGGAAUGUGGUGGGAUUGCAAUCAGCUCUUCUUUCUGAGCUUAUAUUGCCGAUCUAUCUAUCCACCAUUAUCGUGGGUGAUUAUUUUUCUCGAGAAGACUUAAAACGAGCGUUUUACGGACGAAUUCAGAAUUUGUCGAACCUGCCGGAUGGAUACGCGACACACGAACCAACGAUUAUUCCUAGCACAAGAAAAUUCGAGAGAUCGAAUAGUUUCUUGUCAGAACUUUUUCCAGGUGAAAAUCUAAUUCCGUCAAGUACAGCGGCUGUGUGGAUCAAAGGUUUAAGUUCUGCGGAAAUUCUUGUUUCUGGUAGGAAGCAGGGAGCAAUCAGAUCCAAGAAAACUGGAUUAUAUUCUCAUAAAACUAUGCAAGUAACGAGUUUUAUGACAAAAUUAAAUUUAUUCCAAAGCAUUGGAUCAUUAUUAAACUUAUUUCCCGAUAAUAACGUUCCGCCUAGGCUAAGGUUGUUCAUGGAAUCCCGGAAUAAAAGCCUUUCCUACAACCAACUCAAACUCACGAGCGAAAAUUACCAGAACGCAAAAAAAGCCUUGAGAUCACAAACAUUUAAUCAAUGGAUAAAAUGCCCAAGCAAUAUUUACGAAUCUUUUAAUAUUGACGGUGAAUUGAUCGAUGAUCGAGUAGAUGACGAGGGAUAA